AUGAGUGUCUCACUCUUCAGCUGGACUGCGUACACGACUCAAAGAGGACGACUGCCCGCAAUUUUUGGUGGAAACACACCCGACUUCAUCAUUGACUUCGGUCCAUUCGCUUAUGUCCGUCACCCUGCCUACACUGCCUAUCUUCUUGGUUGGACUGGAGCCUUGACUGCACUUGCGGGUAGAGACGAUGCUGGUUGGAGAGUUCCAGCUCUCGCUGUAUGCCUCCUUGGCAUCGUGGGUGUUUAUCGCACUGGUGUCCAGAUGGAGGAGAAGCAAAUGCUUUCUGGCGCUGAGAAUGAAGGAAAGGUAGAUCUUGGCAAGAAGUAUAAGGAGUAUAUGGACAAAGUCAGAUCAAGAUGGCUUCCAGGCUUGAUAUAG